AGGACUUUUAUUUUGAUAGUGAUGAUCGCUCAUACGGCGCACCGGCGGAAGAGCGCUAGUUCUAAACGGUGCUGCAUAUUAAUGCAUGUUUGUCUCGCUGUGUUAAGAAUUCUGGACACCUGAAUCGGUUUGCUGUUGAGACAAGCACUAGAUUGUGAUGCUGUGUGUUCAUGUGCGUGUGAUCAGAGGAAACCACAUCUCACACCUCUACCUGCAUUAAUCUGGGAAAACUCUCAAAUACAGCCACUCAUUCAUCUCCAUUACUACAUGCCAUGCAACAAAGCCCAUGCAUACAGCUCUGACUUGCCUCUAUUAAAGGAGCAUCCCUCAGCCUGUGCACUGCCCUGUUAAAGGACCACUGCAACCAUUAUCAUGACCCACAUCAACGCCUGCUCUGCUCUUCUUUAAGUUGUGCUCUCAUUCAGAGUUCUGCUGUGUGCUUCCUCUUACAUAGUGAAUGUUGGCUCUCCCCUCUGAUACAUGUUCUCUGGUGUGCCGAAUAAAAGGCUCAAGUUGAUUAAUCUCUCUGUCUGUUGUGUUCUGACCGACACCCUGGUACACUGUUAUAUCCAUACGCAACUAGCCCCUACACUUCAGGUCAGCCUUCGCUACAUUUUAUGGUCCUUCGAGCCGGAUAACAGCUGUGCUGGGACAAUGCAGCCGAGUGAUGAAGCAUCAUGGGCCACGCCAGUCAGGCCUAAACGGCAUAUAAGACAACCAACAUACUUACAAGAUUAUGUCACCGGAGUAAAGCCACCAACGAGGUCUAGCCCAGCACCACACAGUAUGCCCCCCUUCACACCUGGAGGGGCUGAGUGGAUCCCACGGUCUCAUGUAAGAGGGACUGCAACCCCUGGCACAAGAAAUGAGUUUGUCCCUGGCUCGGAUGAGAGCCUUAGAGGCACGAGCCUAUCAUUGUCACAACCACAAACCUCUACGCCCCGUAUUGAAGCGCAUCACACUGAUGAUGAAAGAGACUACAGUCAGUGGUAUGACGGAAGUCAGCAAGACUGUUAUGACAAUUCAACAGACCUCAGAAGGCAGAGGCCACAACAAUGGACCACCUCUACCAAAGCUCAGAGAGUAGAACAGCAGAGAUCGUACACAGAUCGGUGGCCCAUUCCCCCUCCUGCAAUGACGGAUGACUACUCAGCUAUGGAUGAAGAUGAGUACUAUAGAGAUCCACCGCCUCCGCCAUGGCCCACUGCUGAGUACCCUCCUAUGCCCAGAAGGGACCAAGAGGAGCACAGAGUCAUCACCAUCAUAGACAGGAUGAUGAAAGAGCUACAGCUCAUGAGAAAUCAAACAGUACUUAGCACCCCAGCUCAUGCUCGCCAGCACUCUGCCCCACAAGACUCUUCUCAGUACAAAGAAAGCAGGGCUCCAGGUUAUGCUCAGCCUCGUACUCAAAGGUCAGAAUAUCACUCACCUACACCCAACACUGGAGUUCGAUCCUAUGCUCAGUUUCCUGCCCAGGCCGACACGAGCCACCCUCACUGCUCAUCAGGCCUACCAUACUCACCUGGAUCCAUGUCACUGGGUCGAGUACAAUACCAGGGACCAGCGCCAAGGAUCCCCCUCUUCGUCCAUAAGGACCCGAUGGAGUUCUCCAGGCUCAAACUGGCUCUUACAAACCUGCUACCUGCUGAUGCCCCUGAGCUCUAUAAGUACCAGAUACUUGUGGAUCAUGUGAAACUUGAGGAUGCCUGUCUCAUCGCCGACUCCUUUAUUAACUCACCCCUGCCUUACACAGACACAAUGGCAGCCCUGACGGAGAAGUUUGGCCAACCACAUCAUGUAGCCUUAAAGAGGAUUGCAUCCAUCAUGGACACGCCUGAGAUCAAGAGAGGAGACGUAACUGCCUUUGAAAAGUUCUCACUGAAUGUGCAGUCACUGGUGGGCAUGCUACAGACGUUGGGACCAGACGGUGAUGUGGAGCUAAGAUGUGGCUCUCAUGUGGCUCGGCUUCUCACUAAGCUUCCUGCGGAGAUGAGAGCAAACUUCAGACGACAGAUGUUGUAUGGUCCUGGGCAUACUCAUACUUUACGAGAUUUAGCAGAAUGGCUAAGACAUGAGUCCUGGUGUCAAGGCUAUGACAACCUCUCUGAUGUCCAUACCGCCAGAGGGCCCACAGGCUACCAAGCAGAGAAGCGGCGCAGCCGGCCGGCAGCUACCGUACUUCAUGGUGCAGAGGGUCGUGUACCUGGUCAGACGGGGAAGCAAGAGAGUCACAGCUCAUUUAAACCAACAAAGAAAGGCAAGGCGAACCCGUAUUGCCCUUAUUGUGAAAACAACGACCAAUUCCUGAAUAAGUGCCCUGAAAUUCAGAAACUUAGCAGAGAGGAAAUCAGAGAGUGGAUAAGAGUAAACAAGAGAUGCUGGAAAUGUGGGCGAGCCCAUCAGGCAGCCCAGUGUGACCUCAAGAGGCUCUGCGACUUGUGUCAGGAGAGGCACCUAAGGAUACUGCACGAUGCCAAUAUGCGUCCCAGGGUAGAACCGCCGAAGACAGAGAGCUGCCUGGUAAGCUCUGGAACAGACAUACUCUACCUGGACAGACCAUCGGUGCAUUCACGUGUUCUGCUGAAAGUCGUCAGGGUACUUCGGCGCAACAGAGACAAGACACUAGACACAUAA